AUGCAGUCGUCCUCUUCGACCAUGAUGGGGCAGGCUCUGGUGGGGAAGCAGGCGGUCGCGCGCACUGGCGGCCGGGCACAGGUGGUGGUGGAGGCGGCUAAAAAGAUGACGUCGCGGAAGAGGGCGCACUACCGGAUUCGGAACAAGGUGUCUGGGACCGCGGAGAGGCCUCGUCUCAGCGUGUACCGCUCGAACAAGAACAUCUACGCCCAGGUGAUCGACGACGUCGAGGGCAAGACCAUCUGCUCGGUGAACUCGCUGCAGCUGAAGGGGGAGCUGUCGACGGGUGCGACGGUGGACGCCGCCACGACUGUGGGGAAGAAGAUCGCCGAGGCUGCGACCGCCGCGGGCGUGACCAAGGUGUCGUUCGACCGCGGAGGCUUCGUGUACCACGGCCGCGUCGCUGCUGUGGCCGAGGCGGCGCGCGAGGGGGGCCUGACCUUCUAG